AACCUGUCACUUUUUAAUAUGCAGAUAAAGUAGAUCAAAAAACAUGGUGGUCGUGAGCGACUCAUAACACGUUUUAAUUUGUGAAAAAAAAUGGCAUCCCCAGUUGCAGUUACACCCGAAAAGGUGUUAAAGAAUGAUGUUUGUAUUUUGUGUGGAUUUUCUUUCGUUCUCCGAGAAGUUACCUCAUAUGACGAAUUUAAAGAAAGAAAACAGUAUGAAAAUCGAUUGCCUGUUACUUGCGAAAGACUUGAAAAAAUAAAGAAAAUCAAUUUACAUAACUUUGAAAGUGACACAACUGUGGAAGACCUAUAUGACAGUGGUAUACAUGUAUGUUCUACCUGUUUAAAUAAAGUGGAGACUAUUCUUAAAUAUGAAAAUGACAUUAUACAACUAAAACUCGACCUGACAAAAUCCAGAGAAAAUGCUAAACAGUUAUUAUUACAACCCCAACAAGAAAGUAUCGAAAGAUUGCCCGGGUCGCCUUCAUCCAAGCCUCCAAUGGAACUCCAAAUAACUUUAGUGCCACAUGUUUUAGCGAAACUUCCUCAACAAACUGUACCUGUGCCUAUUUUUGUAAUGACAGUUCCAGCACAAGAAAAGGAAACUGUUACAAAAGAGAGAACAUCAAAUGAAAACUUGAAAACUUCAAAAGAAAACUUGAAAACAUCAAAAGAAAAAUUGAAAACAUCAAAAAAAAAAAUGAAAAUAUCAAAGCAUUCCGUCUCCAAUAAAACCUAUAAAUGUGAUAUUUGUGGUAAAACAUUUACCACUAGUAGUCAGUUGGAAUCCCACACCAGAACUCAUACUGGCGAAAAACCCUUUUCUUGUGAUGUUUGUAGUAAUUCAUUUGCUCGUCGUCGUCAACUAUAUUUACACACCCGUACUCAUACUGUAGAAAAAUCCUUUUCUUGUGAUGUUUGUGGUAAAUCAUAUACCACUAAAGGUCAUCUACGUUUACAUACCAGAAUUCAUACUGGUGAAAAUCUCUCUAAAUGUGAUGUUUGUGGAAAAUCUUUUACCACGAGAAGUCAACUACUAAAACACACCAUAAUUCAUACUGGCGAAAAACCCUUUUCCUGUGAUGUUUGUAGUAAAUCAUUUGCUCGUCGUAGUCAUCUAUAUUUACACACCCGAACCCAUACUGGCGAAAAACCCUUUAUUUGUGAGGUUUGCGGAAAAUCAUUUACCAGAAGUAGUGGUCUACGUGUACACACUAGAUUUCAUACCGGCGAAAAACGUUUUUCUUGUCAUGUUUGUAGUAAAGCAUUUACCACAAGUCAUGAUCUACGUGUACAUUCGAGAGUCCAUACGGGAGAAAAACCCUUUUCGUGUGAUGUUUGUAGUAAAGCAUUUUCAACUAAUGCUAGUCUAAAACGACACACCAGAAUUCAUACUGGCGAAAAACCCUUUUCUUGUGAUGUUUGUAAAAAAUCGUUUUCAGAUAUUAGUAAUCUACAUUUACACUCCAGAAAUCAUACCAGAGAAAACCCCUUUACAGGACAAAAACCCUUUUCUUGUGAUGUUUGUAAAAAAUCAUUUACUGCUCGUAAUAGUCUAUAUUAUCACAUCAAAAUCCAUACAUUAGAAAAACCCUUUUCUUGUGAUGUUUGUAGUAAACCAUUUAUCACCAGUAAAGAUCUACGACGACACACCAAAACACAUACAGGAAAAAAACCCUUUUUUUGUAAUGUUUGUUAUAAAUCAUUUAUCACCAGUAGUAGUCUACAACGACACAUCAAAAUUCAUACUGUUGAAAACUCCCUUUCUUGUGACGUUUGUAGUAAAUCAUUUAUCACCAGUCGUAGUCUACAACGACACACCAAAAUUCAUACUGUUGAUAACCCCUUUUCUUGUGAUGUUUGUAGUAAAUCAUUUAUCACUCAUAGUGCUCUACAUCAACACACCAGAAUUCAUACUGUAGAAAAAGCCAGUAUUUGUGAUGUUUGUGGAAAAUCUUUUAGCACUAGUGGGAAUCUACAUAAACACAUCAGAAUCCAUACUGGUGUAAAACCGUUUACUUGUGAUGUUUGUGGUAAAUCAUUUACUGCACGUAGUGAUCUACGUGUACACUCUAGAAUCCAUACCGGAGAAAAACCAUUUUCUUGUGAUGUUUGUAGUAAAGCAUUUUCAACUAAUGCUAGUCUACGACGACACAUGGGAACUCGUACUCAUCGUGUAACAUAAUGUGUUUCAGCGCCAUUUGUAACAAGGGACUCAAAGAUCGAGGGUAGACAUAUUCCAACGGUGACGUCAUAUACUUAUCUGGAGAGCAUGCACAAUAAAUACUACCGGUGUAGAUUGGAAUAACCAGACGCUAGAGAUUGCCAUUCGGUUGUCACUUCUGGCGUAUUUCGCAGAACAUACAUGUAACUGAUUAGAAAUUACAGUAAACACAGAAAUGAUUGAAUGUAAAUCAGUUUAUAUACAUUCAUAAUACAUUAUACGCGUUGUGACCCAUU